AGCCAGUUAAGUGACUAAGUCUUGAUCUCAGCUCAGGUCUUGAUCUCAGGGUCAUAAGUUCAAGCCCCACACUGGGCACGGAGCCCACUUAGAAAAAGGCAAAAGAAGACCCCAGGGACAUGAGCCCCCAGGUUUCUCAGAUGCCCUGGGGAGAGCUCAUCUUAUUUCUCUCUUAAUAUUUUUAACUAGGUCGUAUAUAAACAUCCCCAAAUCCAAAGUUAUAAAAAGCAUCAGGGAUCCACUUUGAGUUAAUUUGCGCAUAGAGAAUAAGGUGAGAGUCCAGCUUCAUUCUUUUGCUUACGGAUAUCCAGUUUUGCACAACCCUGUGAAUGUGAUUAAGGCCACAAAACUGUACACUUAAAAAUGCCGGAAAUGGCCAAUUUUUGUCAUCUCUAUUUUCCCACAAUUUUUAAAAAUAAUGUAACAUACCAAAAACCACCAAAAAUACAUCUUAUUUUUUUAAAGAUCUUAUUUAUUUAUUUAUUUGACAGCGCACAAGCAGGGGGAACAGCAGGGAGUGGGAGAGGGAGAAGCAGGCUCCCUGCUGAGCAGAGAACCCGAUGCGGGACUCGAUCUCAGACCGUGGGAUCAGGACCUGAGCCGAAAGCAGACAUCCAACCAACUAAGCCACCCACGCACCCCCCGAAUAGUACAUUUUAGAGGGGGAGUUAUGUCACCACAAGCUUAGUGGCUUCAGACACAAAAUUCUUCUCUUACAGCUCUGGAGGUCAGAAGUCCAGAGUCUUGGGCGCCUGGGUGGCUCAGUUGGUUAAGCGACUGCCUUCGGCUCAGGUCGUGAUCCUGGAGUCCCGGGAUCGAGUCCCACAUCCGGCUCCCUGCUCGGCAGGGAGUCUGCUUCUCCCUCUGACCCUCCCCAUUCUCAUGUGCUUGCUCUCUCUCAUUCUCUCUCUCUCAAAUAAAUAAAUAAAAUCUUUAAAAAAAAAAAAUGUCCAGAGUCUUACUGGGCUAAAAUCAAGGUGUCAGCAGGGCUGGUUCCUCUGGAGGCUCCGGGCGAGAAUCCGUUCCCUGCCUUUCCAGCUUCUAGAGGUGCUGCCAGCAUUCCUUAGCAUACAGCCCAUCACGUGCCUUUCCUCCUCCUGCUCCCUCCUCCCUCCUUCCUCCUCUGACGUCCUUGCCUCCCUCUUCCCUUUAAAGAACCCUGUGAUUACACCGGGCCCACUCGGGUCAUCCAGAAUAAGCUCCCCAUCUCAAGGUCCUGAACUUAAUCACACCUGCAAAGUCCUUUCGCCAUAUAAGUGAACAUAUCUUAUCUACCACGCCCACCAGGAUAACCAUGGCAUUACUUGUCAGGUGAGGUUAUUGCACAGAGAACAAAUAUAUAUUCUUUUUUCCAUACUAGGUAACAUCUGACACACCGUUCUGCACCUUACUUUUAUUACUAGGGUUUCUGGAAAUUCUGAGAGAGUGUCUUCUGUCUUUUUACAAAAAGCCACAUAGUGGGGUGCCUGGGUGGCUCAGUCGGUUAAGUGUCUGCCUUCAGCUCAGGUCAUGAUCCCAGGAUCCUGGGAUCGAGUCCUGCAUCAGGGCCCCUGCUCAUUGAGGAGUUUUCUUCUCCCUCUGCCCCUCCCCCCUCCACUUGUGCUCUCUCUCUCCCAAAUAAAUAAAAUCUUUUUUUUAAGCCACAUAGUUGGACACCUGGGUGGCUCAGUCGGUUAGGCAGCUGCCUUCGGCUCAGGUCAUGAUUCCAGGGUCCUGGGAUCGAGUCCCACAUCGGGCUCCCUGCUAAACAGGGAGCCUGCUUCUCCCUCUCCUAUUCCCCCUGCUUAUGGGUGCACACUUGCUCGCUCUCACUCUCUCUCUCACUGUCAAAUAAAUAAAAUAUUUUUUAAAAAAUUUUAAGCCACAUAGUAAGUACUCCACAGGGGGACAUCCAGGACUUUUUCAACCAACCCCUUAUUGGACAGGUGUUUGUAGUAUUUCUGCCCCUCUACCCCUGGAGGUGAAAUUGCUAGUCAAAGAGCAUGUGCCCCUGUUGUUGCAAUAGAUACUAACAACUUGUCCCUGUAGAAGUCUCUGUUCCCGGGGCGCCUGGGUGGCUCAGUCGUUAAGCGUCUGCCUUCAGCUCAGGUCAUGAUCCCAGGGUCCUGGGAUCGAGCCCUGUAUUGUGCUCCGUGCUCUACGGGAAGCCUGCUUCUCCUUCUCCCACUCCCCCUGCUUGUGUUCCCUCUCUCACUGUCUCUGUCAAAUAAAUAAAUAAAAUCUUUAAAAAAAUAAAAUGGUUAAAAUGAGGGGUGCCUAGGUGGCUCAGUCGGUUAAGCAUCUGACUCUUGAUUUUGGCUCAGAUCAUGAUCUCAGGGUCGUGAGAUCGAGCCCCAUGUGGGGCCCCAUGCUCAGUGGGGAGUCUGCUUGAGAUUCUCUCCCUGCCCCUCUGCUCUUCCCCUCUCUCUAAAACUAAAAAAUAUAAUAAUAAUAUAAUAUAAUAUAUAUAAUAUAAAAUAUAACGGUUAAAGUGAUCAAUUUUAUGUGUUAAUUUUAUCACAAUUUAAAAAAAACUUUAAAUUUUUAUAGAAAAAAAAAUGUUUCCAUUUCCCAGCUCUUAGGGGCAGAAUUUUUAGGAACCAAUUAAAUUCAUGAAGUGAAGGAUGGGUGAAUUGUAAAGAAAAAAAAUAGUAUCUUAACUUUUUUUAAAGAUUUUAUUUAUUUAUUUGUUAAAGAGAGCGCACAAGCAGGGGAGUGACAGACAGAAGGAGAAGCAGGCCCCCGCUGAGCAAGGAGCAUGAUGGGGAACUUGAUCCCAGGACCCUGGGAUCAUGACCUGAGCUGAAUGCAGCCGCUUAACCAACUGAGCCACCCAGGCAUCCUGUAACCUAAAUUUUAAAGAAAACAGUUAUUUAAUGACCCCCGUUAAAGCACAAUAAGGCAGACUUUCUUCAAGGGGAGGGGCUGUUGCAAUAGGAUCACAGCAAUGGGAUCUUGUGGGGGACUGGCAGGGGAUUAGACUCAGCUCUGAACACAGCAGGGGCAAGUGGGACUUUAUAACCAAGGAGCAGGGGAUGGGGGUGCAGCGGGUGGGACUUUACUAAGAGGUAACAUCAGGGAUAAGGGGGAUCCUGGCUAACCUGACCUGACAAGAUUCUUGCUGAAGGCAGGCCAGGGUGAUCAGACAUCACCCGGAGAGUGGGGGUGGGGGGUGGGGGGUGGAGGAUGAGGAACCUGAUCAGACGUGGAGAGCAAGCAGCUAUGAAAGGUGGGUUAACUGUCCAAUUAAACUGACUUAGGAGGAUACUUGCCAAAACUGGGCAAAACAGACAUGAACACAGAAGUCCAAAACUCAGGCUUCGUAGGAAGAGUGCAUGGGAGCCUAGGUCGAGUCCAGCCAAUGAGAGAAUCUCCAUCAGUAUAUAAAAAUGUGAUGGUGAGGAUGCUUCAGGCGCCAAGAGCAGAGAGCGCCCUCUCUCUCCGACACUCCCCAGGCUGGGAUUCAAAACAAGGAACCAAAGUGUCUGUUUCUAUUCCAGGCACCAUGUGUGGAGUUCAGCUCUGCUACUCUGCUGUUUGUUCCGUUUUCCGCCAUAUAUUGGCAUCACCCUCAGGCUGGCGCCAAGAUGGCUGCUGCAUUCCAGCCAUUGCAACCAGACCCAGACCUGGAAAAACAGACCACCUUGUGCUGCGUGAACUUUCCCAGCAGCCUUCUCUCAGCUAUCAUUGGCCAGCAUCGCCCACUGCUCAACCAAUCCCUAGCCAAAAGGAGGAGACUGCCAGGGAGGCUUGGACCAAUCAGGACCUGUCCUCUGGGGCUGGGGAAAAACCCAGAGGAAGGCUGCCGAACGGAGCACCGAAGUCUGGACCUCUAGUAUUUAUUAGCGGUGACUCUCUCUGGGUAGUUGGAAGGUGGGUGAAUUUUACUCUCUUCUUUUGGAAGAGAAGCUUCAGCACCUGGAAAAUUCAGAAUAACUGGCUUUGCUUUAUACGCUGCCUAGCACUGCUUACAGAGCCUUUGCUCCAGGGGGUUAGGGGUGAUAAUGUAUCAGAAUCCCUCUGAUCCCCUAAACUCCUCUGCUGCUGCAAAACCAAAUUCCUACCAGAAUGAGGCUGGUUUGGGCAAUUUUGUUGCAGCCCAAACUUGGAACUGUCUCCCCUAGGCGGCUCCACUUGGAAACAAUGGCUGGGUUUGCAAAAAUCUCUCUCUCUCUCAAGCAGAUAGAGGAAAUUUCCAAACUGCAGCCAGAAGGACUGAAGGUAAAUCCCUGUGAACACGACAGUAAACAUCGUACAAAACCUUACAGACAUUAGGGACUUUUCAGGAGGUGGGGGAUCAGUAACCCCUCCAGAGAAAAUGCACUUCCCUUGAGCAGGGUCCCAGAGGGGCAGGGAGAAUUCAGGAGGUAGCUCAGGUCCAAAGACAAAGUCAGCACUACCACCAGGAGACAGCUGUUGGGGCAUGAGCAUCUCCUUACCCCUCCCAGCAGCCCCGUGAGGUGCGGAUGCUUGUCCCCAUUCUCCAGAGGAGAGGUGAAGUCAUUUGCUACCAAGAUCCCACAGCCAAGUGGUAGCAGAGGCAGGCUGAGAGUGAGGCUCCCCAGCUCGCCACACGGCUGGGCUGGACUCUGCAAUUGUUCAGCCCGCCUGGGCCACGUCACCCCAGCCCAAGGUGGAUCAAAGUCAAGACUUCUCUCUCACUCCAACCUGGGGACCCUGGUAAAUGCCAUCACCUCCGGCAAUCUGGUGACAUACACAGGCAAACUGCUACUGAGUUAUGACACCCCAACCUAGCGUUCUUCCCAGAGACCCGGAAACCUCCCCUGGUGCUGCCCCCUUCAGAUCCGUAGACAAGCGCUGUCCAACAGAGAUUUCCGUGAUGCUGAAGGAAAUGUUCUGUAGCUGCGCUAUGAAAUGUGAUAGCCACAUGGGAUAAUUGAUUAACUUGAAAGUGACCAGGUCGAGAAACUAAUUUUGUUUGUUGGUUGGUUUUAAAGAUUUUAUUUAUUUGAGAGAGAGAAUAAGAAAGAGAGAGCACAUGAGAGGGCGGAGGGUCAGAGGAAGAAGCAGACUCCCUGCCGAGCAGGGAGCCCGAUGCGGGACUCGAUCCCAGGACCCUGGGAUCAUGACCUGAGCCGAAGGCAGAUGCUUAACCAACUGAGCCACCCAGGCGCCCCUUAUUUAUUUAUUUUUUAUUUUUUUAUUUUUUAUUAUUAUUUUUUUAAGAUUUUAUUUAUUUAUUUGAGACAGAAUGAGAGAGAGAGAGAGAGCACAUGAGAGGGCGGAGGGUCAGAGGGAGAAGCAGACUCCCUGCUGAGCAGAGAGCCCGAUGCGGGACUCGAUCCCGGGACUCCAGGUUUGUGACCUGAGCCGAAGGCAGUCGCUUAACCAACUGAGCCACCCAGGCGCCCCUCGAGAAACUAAUUUUGAAGGUGCUGAAUUUUAAUUAAUUUAAGGGUCUAUUUCAGUCACCUUAGGUGACUGUCUAUAGUAUUAGCACAACCCUGAACCCUCCAUCACCUAGACCCUGUCCCAACAGAGCUCAAAAUUCCAAUUAAUCCCUCCUUCUUCCCCAGCCUCACCCCCUCCUACUCAGUGUCCCCUCAGCCAGGAUUUUUAGCCUCCAAGCCUUGCAUGUGCUAUUUACGUUGCUUGGCAAACCUCACCCCCCGCCCCUGCGCCCCACCAUCUGUCUCAUUGCUACUCCCACUCCAGGUCUCUGUUCAGAUGUGUCUUCCUCCAGGAAGGCUUCCCUGCCCCUCAGGCUGAGUGAGGCACCCCUUUGGGCUCUCCCGGCCCCCUGGGCUCCUCCGUCCCACUGCUGAUCACUGUGGAUCAUUGCCCUGGGGAUCGGUCUGCUCCCUGCAAUACAGACACAGAACUGUGAGCCCCGCUGUGGACUGAGGACAAAGCAAGAACCAUCUCAAUCACCACUGUGUCUGCAGCACCACCCAGCACAGCGUUGAGCGUAGGGAGUGUUGUUGGAAUGAAUGAAUGGUGGAUGCUUUUGAAAAACUGUGCUAAGAGCUUUAGAGUGAGCCAGCCAAAGGUCAAGUCCCAUCUCCACCUACUGGUAGACUUGCCUCCUUCCUCGAGCCUCUGUUUCCUCAUCUGUGAAAUGGACGCAGUUAUGUGUGGUUGGAUGUUGGAUGAAGCAGUUGUGUUGGGCCUCUCUGCAGGGACCUGCCUGGCCCAGGGGGAUUGCUCAAGCAGAGACUGCCACGACUCCCUCCCAUUGUGAUUACUGCUAAUGUUCCUGACAGUCACACGAGUGGGAAGAAGAGGUUGAGGGGAUUAAGGGAGGAGUCCAGGGAAGCCCCAGGAAGGUCCCCAGUCACCCUGGAAAACUGGUUCAACCGGUGUCUGCGCCCAUCCCAGAGAGCACAGGUGAAGCCUCUGGAGCCUGUGGAAAGGGGGUGCUGGGGCUUGGCCGGCCUCGGCCAUGUCUAGAAGGCACCCCCAAGACCCCCACUGAGCUGGCCUACUUCCGACAGCCAGGGCCCAGCCCUCCAGCCCCAUCAGUGUCCACAGUGGCCCCUUGGCAUCUCCACGGGACACCAAGAUGGAGAUUCCCGAGAGGGCCCAGUGCCACUUCUCAAAGGGCCUCCUGCUCUCAGCCUCAUUCCUGGCCCUCUGGAUCCCCCAAAGCUCCUGGGCUGCCCUCCACAUCCAGAAGAUUCCAGAGCAUCCUCAAAAGGACCAGAACCUUCUCCUGUCCGUCCAGGGCAUCCCAGGCAACUUUCAGGACUUCAAUUGGUACCUGGGGAAGGAGGCCAAUGGUGGCACGAUGUUAUUCACCUACUUCCCUGACCUCCAGCGGCCCCAGAGGAACGGCAGCGCCAUGGGGCAACGUGACAUCGUUGGCUUCCCCAGUGGGUCCAAGCUGCUGUGUCGCAUCCAGCCCACAGACAGCGGCACCUACCAGGUAGCUGUCACCAUCAAUCCUGACUGGACCAUGAGGGCCAAGACCGAGGUCCAGGUGGACGAAAAGCUUAAGGAGCUGCCCAUUACACACCUGCCCCUGAGUGCUGGGAUCAUGACUGCCAUCAUAAUUGGGUUCCUUGUUGCUGGGUCCCUCUUCAUCGGGUGCAUUGCCCCUCUCCUGUUAACAAGAGACUGGAGGGGCCAGAGCCACAGAGUGCCCACUCCAGGAGGCCAGGGCUCUUUGUCUGUCUUGUUCCCAGCUGUGUCCCCAGUGCCUUCAAUAGGAUCCAGCCCAUGGUUGACACCCACAGAGAAGCCAGAGGUGCACCCCAAUCACAAUGCUGGUGACCAGAACAUCUAUGAAGUGAUGCCAUCUCCGACCCUCCUGGUGUCUCCCCCCGGUGACAUGAGGUCCAUGAACACCUCCAUGCCCCUGCCCCAGCAGCAGCCAGAGCCGGAGAACCACCCCUACCAGGACCUGCUGAACCCUGACCCUGCCCCUUACUGCCAACUCAUGCCAAUCCCCUGAAGAGGCCCCCGGAAGAGCGAAAGCCUCAGACCCUCCCCUGGGGGCCUGGUGCCCACAGAGAAGCCACACCAGAGACCCCACAGGACCAGGCCACCGCGGCCAGAGGCUGACAAGGUGGACUCAAAUGAAGACACAGCACAGCAUCAGGCACAGGCAAGAGAUCAUGAUGGGCCCAGCGCCUCUCUGACCCUCUGAGUAUAUAACCCGCCCUCAGCUCUGGUCCGUCCAGCAAGCUGGCCUGGGCCUCAUGCCUGGGAAAGGCAGGCUCUUGCCUUCUCCUAACCCAAAGUACCCCCCCCCACACACACACACACUGGAUAUUUGGGGGUGAGGAGAGUGGUCUCAGGCCUGCCUCAAGCCAGACCUCACAGGCUCCUACUCGCUGGGCUUCUACCUGUCGGCCCACAAUGCCCCACCCCUGCUCCCUGCUUGUCCUUGGAACCCCUUCCCCUGGGGACAAGGCAGCCCCCCACCACACAGGCCCCAAAGGAUAAGGCGCAGGGAGGUCUGGCCUCCCAGGCCCGUGGCCCCCAAUGACAGUCCUGACCAGUGACCACAGCUGUGAAACCCCUUCCCUGCUUGAGAGUCAGUCUCUCAGAACCUGUGGCCAAUUUCUGCCUGUUGUCCCCAACCCUGAAUCAUACCAAGGCCCUCAGGGCAACAGCUCCCUUUCCUACCCCCUCCCAGCACCCCCAUCCCAAAUGUGGGCCCAGUCUGUCGCCCUUAAUUUAUUCACUCAUUCAGCAAUAAAUAAACCAUGUGUUAUGCACAGUUCUGGAUCCUGCAGCUUUGACAGGGAACAAAAGAGACAAAAACUGUUCUCCUAGAGGAAUGCUGUGGCAGAGGAGACAGUCAGCAACAAAGUAACCAACGCACGGAAGCCACAUAAGGAUCUGGAGGGAGAGCAUUCCAGGCAGAGGAAGCAGCAAGUGCAAAGGCCCUGAGGCAGGAGUAUGCCUGGGGAGUUUGAGGAGCAGCAAGAGGCCAGGGUAGUGGGAGUGGAGGAAGGAAGGGGGAAAGGGUGGGAGGUGAGGUCAGGGAGAUGGGGAGCAGCAGAUAGUUCAGGGCACAGAGUCCCCCCACAUAAGGCACAGCAGACUGUCACUUUUGCUCUGGGAGCUGAAAAUAAAGACUGUGUGGCCGGGGAUGCCUGGGUGGCUCAGUCGGUUAAGUGUCUGCCUUUGGCUCAGGUCAUGAUCGAGCCCCACAUCUGGCUCCCUGCUCAGCGGGGAGUUUGCUUCUCCCUCUGCCUGCCCCCACCCUGCUUGUGCUCUUUCUCUCUCUCUCUCUCUGACAAAUAAAUUAAUAAAAUCUUUUAAAAAAGACCAUGUGGCAGGUUGAAUAAAGUCGUGUAUGUGCUAACGCCCUGUGAAUGUUACCUUACACGGCAGAAGGGACUGAGCAGGUGUGAUUGGGUGAAGGAUCCUGAGAUGGGGAGAUUAUCCCGGAUGACCUCUCUGGGCCUGAAAUAUAAUCACAAGGGUCUUUGUGAAAGGGACCCAGGGGGAGAGAAGGAGCUGUAAGAAAGGAGACAGAGAUUGGAGUGAUACCGGACUCUAAAGAUGGAGGAAGGGCCCCAAAGCCAAGGCCACACGGAGUCAGAGUGACGUGAUGGGAGAAAGACUUCACGGGCCUUUGCUGGCGUGGAAGACAGAAAGAGGCCACGAGCAGAGCCCAGAAGCUGGAAAGGACAAGAAUCCAGAUCCUCCCCCAGAACCUCCAGAAGGCAACCCAGCCCCGCCGACACCUUGAUUUUGGCCCCGUGAGACCCAUUUCGGACUUCGGACUUCCCCAAUUGGAAUCGAAUAAAUUCCUGUUAUUUUAAGCCACUACACACUUGUGGGAACUUGUUACAGCUGCCACGGGAAAUUAACGUAGAGGAUGAGGACGAAUUCGCAGGAAGGGAAGUUGCAUCUCCUGCUGACUCAUUACUCGAAUACUCCCUGUAAGGAUUUCUCCAUCCCCAGACCUCUAGGGACACCCUGAUCUCCUGCUUCGGAGAAGGUCAACCAGGUCAAGGCAUGGGCAGGGUCGGCCCCAGCACUGGCCACUCUGGUGCAGAGUGUCUGCCUUCCUCUCCUCUUUUCCAGCAACCCCUCGUCAAACCCCAGUAUCUGUUCUUUCCUUUUCCUCAGUAAUAGGGUUUUGAACCAAGAGCAUGGCUGCUGAGCAGAAAAACUACAUUUCCCAGUUUGCCCUGCAGCUUGAGAUAGCCAUGUGACUAAUUCCCGGCCAAUGGGAUGUGAGCAGAAGUGAUACCUGCGCACAGUCCUCAAGUUACACCCUUAAAGGGAGAGCAUUUCCCCCUUCCCAGAGGCUGAAGAUGGGGUGGUGAGAGCCAUCUCGGAUCACAUGGACAGGGGCGCACAGAGCCAGGUCAGAGGGAGCUGGGGCAGGGACAGCAACGGGGACAGAGCCACCACGCCAGGUUAGAUAAGUUACCUGGGAGAGAAAGACUUCUCUCUUGUGCAAGCUACCAUUACUUUGGGAUUCUUUGCAUCCACGUCCUUCUAAAACUUGAUUCAUACAACCCCCACCUUCAUGACGACAGUAUUGGGGCGCCUGGGUGUCUGUCGUUAAGAGUCUGCCUUCAGCUCAGGUCAUGAUCCCAGGGUCCUGGGAUCGAGCCCCGCAUCGGGCUCCCUGCUCCGCUGGCAGCCUGCUUCUCCCUCUCCCUCUGCCUGCUACCCCUGCUCGUGCUCUCUCUCUCUCUCUCUCUCUCUCAUACUCUCUCUCUCAUAUUUUCUCAAAUAAAUAAAAUCUUAAAAAAAAAAAAAAAAGAAUAGGCAAGACCGAUAUGCACGAACAGCCCAAUCAAUACGC